AUGCGGUCGAUGGAGGAAACGCAGUACGUACCGCCACCGCUCCAAAGCGCCACACUCACUGACCUGCGCAGGGUGCGAUGGGAGGCGACCAUCAAGCACUGCACAUCCGUCUCCGAUCUGCAGCGUGCCGUCAGAAACUACGGCCCGUCCAGUCCGUGUCUGUCCGGCUGCCGCUCCGUGUGCUGGAGGGUCUUUCUGUUAUUUCAAGAGACGGGCACCGACAGCUGGAUACAGACGUUGCGGCAUACCCGCGAAACAUAUACAGAGCGGCGAGACCAUUUUCUGCGCUUUAUCCGCCACCCCGAGUCCCUGGCCGAGGUCAGCUCUGAUCCCCUCAACGAUGAUCCCGACUCGCCAUGGAACACGCUCCGCCAGGACGAAGUGAUUCGCGCCGAAAUCGAACAGGAUGUGAAGCGUCUGCCCGACGAGGCCAACUACCACGACGCCCGCAUCCAGCUGCUCAUCCUUGACGUCCUCUUCCUCUACUGCAAGCUGCACCCCGACCGCGGCGGCUACCGUCAAGGCAUGCACGAGCUCUUGGCGCCUAUUGUCCAUGUCCUGGAGCAAGAUGCCGUCAAGCCUGCAUCGCUCGUCCAAGACGAUCUGCUCGAUGGCGCCAUGCUGGAAACGCUCGACGCCGCCUACAUUGAGCACGAUGCCUACGCCGUCUUUGCCAGGCUCAUGGAGCGCGCGCAGUUCUUUUACGAAGUCAAGGAGGCGGUGCCGGGGACACAGUCGCCGCAAGAAACCAGCUCGGCAAUUGUCGAGAGGAGCAAGCAUGUGCACCAAGUCUUGCUCCGCAAAAUUGACCCUGAUCUUGCGGCCCAUCUCACCAAUAUUGAAAUUCUGCCACAAAUUUUCCUCAUCCGUUGGAUACGCCUGCUGUUUAGCAGAGAAUUCCCCUUUAACCAGUCCCUCACUCUCUGGGAUACCCUCUUUGCAUUCGAUCCGUCACUCGACCUGAUCGAUUUCGUCAGCUGCGCCAUGCUUCUUCGCAUCCGCUGGCAGCUCUUGGAAGCCGACUACUCCGUCUGCCUCCAGCUCCUCCUCAAAUAUCCCGCCCCGGACCCGCAACACGGCCCGCACACCUUUGUCGACGACGCCGUCUACCUGCGCAGCCACUGCGACUUCCCCGGCGGCGCCCACAUCAUUGCCCAGUACACGGACCGAUCUCCUGCGACGCCGCGUGCUCUCACCAUCAGCCCCACCGCCGCCGCCGCGCGUCGCAGCCUGGAAAGCAUCCGGCAGCGCGCGCUGCGCAGUGGCGGCGGCGGCGUCGAGGAGCUGCUCCAAGGCGCCGCCAAGAGCGCCCGCGCCGCGUAUGAAAAGGGCGAGCAGCUGGGCAUCAACCAAGCCGUGCGCGAGGCCAUGGGCGAGCUGCGCCGCAACAUGCAGAACCUGAAUGACGCCAGGGUCGCGCCGCCGCGGGGAGGCGAAGUGGCAGCGGCGGCGGCCCUGGACAGACGCAGCAAGCAGCUAGCGCGUUUCCUAGGCGAGACAGUGGCAGACCUCAAGACGCUGUCGGCUUCAAACCUGGAGGACAAGGUCAAGAGCCUGCAGAUGCUCGAGGUGGCCGCCGCCAAGGUGCAAUUUGUGCAGAUUUAUCUCGAGGACUCGACCAUGGAUGUCCCGCUGUUUCAGAGUGAUGAGUCUCGCGCGUCGGAGGAGGCGGCAGCGGAAGCCACAAGUGAGGAAUUGGGGAAGAGGGAUGCAAAGAAGCAGAAUGCAGCUAUGAAAAAGAGUGCCAGAACAUCACCGCAAGUUAAAGGAGAGGGUGCGGAAAAGAUGACGGUUGAUACGCCACCAGCUGUCCCGGAGAAAUCGGCCCCGACAGAGAAGAAGAAGCUCGUCACUCCGACGGAGCCUGAAACUCCCGACUCCUCAGCGGCAAGCAAUCACCCUACCACGCCAGCGCGACCUGAGGCAGCGCAAACCCCCCCAGAGACGCUGUCCAAGGACUCCCACGAACCAACAGAAGCAGUCCCAGCACAAUCAAUAGAGACCCCCAGCCAGCUAGUCCCCCCCGUCGCCCGACCGCCUCUCCCCGCAGUCCCCACGCGGUCCACGAUUGCCCAGUCGUCCUUUUCGUGGAUGCUCGAGCCCGACGAGUCCACGCCCUCGGCGGCGGCGGCGGCGGCGGGCAGCAAGUCGCCGCAGCUGGGAUCAAAGAAGCGCAUCUCCAACAACAUGAGCCGCGAGCGCAACGCGUUUCUCUUUGGAGACGGGGAGGAGGACGCGGUUGGCAGCAAGCCGUUGGCGGCGCAUGGCAUCUUUGGGCUCGAGGCCAUGGGCAAAGUCAAGGGCAAUUGA